AUGGUUGCCAGCUAUCCAGAAGUUCAAGGUGGAGGCUCUCUGAUCCUUGCCUGGCAGAUCAAGAACAAGAAUGUAUUAGUGGUAGGCGGUGGUGAGGUUGCUGCUGGUCGUGUACUUAACCUCCUCAAUGCCGAUGCGCGGGUAACUGUGGUAUGCCCGAAGGAAGGAUUGAAUGAUGAGGUGGCUUUCAGAAUACAGCAAGGGCAGGUGCAACACUUGAAUCGUGUGUUCUUGCCCAUUGACCUUGAGCCGGAGAAGAACGUUGCCAUGGUCCUUACUGCUAUAGACGACCCAGAUGCGUCAACCAGAAUAUGGAAAUAUUGCAAGAAGGUGAAAGUUCCAGCAAAUAUCGCAGAUGUACCACCCGAAUGCGACUUCUAUUUUGGGAGUGUGCAUCGCGACGGCCCUCUUCAGAUCAUGGUAUCUACAAACGGCAAUGGCCCGAGGUUAGCAGCAGCUAUUCGCAGGCAAAUCGGAGAUAUGCUUCCUGCAGGCACUGGUGACAGCAUAAAAAAGGUUGGCCAGCUGAGGCGGAAGUUGCGCAGGAUUGCACCUGGAAAAGGCACCGAGGACAUUAGCAGUCGUAUGACAUGGAUGAGCAAAGUAUGUGAUCAGUGGUCAACUGAGGAAUUUAACGCUAUGGACGAUGAAGACAUGGAUGAGCUUGUCAGCUACUACACAGAAGGCACUGUGCCAUCCUUCGAAAGUAUACGUCUUGGUUCGAAGGAUGAAGCUGUGGUAUGGGAGUUUGAUGGCUCCUUUGGCUGGAUGUGA